GAGAAAACAAGCUAUUUGAUGAAGAAAAAUCGUUUUCCGUGCAAUUCUGAGUUGUGCCAGGUUCGCUGUAGAAGCUGCAACAACGCCCAGAUGUGUGCACACACGUACACUUGUAUCUGCCGAAGAUAUGCCUACAGAAACUUGUGCAAGCACGUGCACAUUUUAGCUUCAUUGGAAACAAACAAAGUACAGCAAGAUGGCACUCGGGAAAGGAAUACCGAAGCAAUAGGUUCUGACGUCUGCAACCUCUUGACCAACGAGAAUGAUCAACCAAUUCAAGUUACCAGCGUUGACGAAAGCAUUGACUUGAAGAUGUCAAAGUUUCUCGGUGAUUGUUCAAAAGUCAAGGAAAAAGUGGAAGAAAUUGAAGUCAUGUUGACGUCCGAUGAUAUGACCUUCGAAGAAAAGAGGACUCUGAUGGAAAAUUUCCGAUCGCCUUUUGCCAGUAUCCUCAACACUACGAACGUCAAUCUCUCUUCGUUCCCUCGACUAAGUCGAAAACGUAUUCAUGAGCCUCAAAGUCGAGUUUUUUUCCCGGUAAAAACAGCCAAGCCAGCAGGUCGCUCUUCCAAAGCAUCACCCAGCACAUCCAACGAGGCCAUCUCUUCUGAUUAAAUGUUCUCUCUUUUUAAGCUUCCUCUUCCUUAACAUGUUUGUCUGUUCAGCAUUUCGACGGUUUUUUUUCUCCAAUAUUAUUUGUCUCUUUGGUCGUUUUAAUUGCGGAUUAUAACAAUUUGUUCCAAUUG